AUAAAAGUAACGUCAAACCCACCAAGUUCCAUUCUGUGACAUGACUUUUUCUGUUCUGUCUUAACAAGGAACAAUAAGUUAUUAAAUAUUUAAUACAAACGUAAGAGGUUGGUUUUAAGUGCGAGUCAUUGUGACGUGAAUGGCCUUGGAGCUCAAAGAUUUGAACUGGGAACCAUCCGAGCCACAGUCACUGAUCCAAAGCUUGAAAUGUCCAGUGUGCUGGGAUUACUUCAUUAGACCGCACACACUCGCCUGUGGACAUACAUUUUGUUUAAGAUGUCUACAAAACCUAGCACGGAUAGCUCAGUCCUCAAAGAACCGGACCCCGUUAGAUCGACUGCGUUUCCGGUGUCCUUCUUGUCGAAAAGCGAAUCUAGCCCGACCUAUUCUGCGCCGUAAAGCUGCAAUAAACUUUGCUUUAAGAGAACUUAUGGACGAAUGGUUCGAAUCUCCGUACUCGUCUGGGAGUGUUCAUUGCAUUAAACUAAGAUCAGUCAGCUGCCAGACGGAAUAUGAUAGUAGCAGUAAUGUGGUGGAGGACAAUAAAACAUUUCUUAACCUAAAAAUACAUCAUUCUGUGACAGACGACACUGAAACAGACACAACUAUAGCAGACGAAAACAACAUUUCGCAGACAGAAUAUCGAGAAGUUUUGUUCCACAAAAUAAAUGGCAAAUCAAGCUUAGAUAACCUGCCGAAACAGGAAUUAACGUCAAAUGAGUCAUCUUCGCCGUUUGCAGACGAGCAUGGAGGGGCUUCAGAAGACAAUUCGGUGACGUCAUCAAGCGAAGGAGAAGAAUCCGAACAGGAUCUUCCGAUAGCACCACUUUUUGGUACGCUGCGUAUUGUAAACGAAGAUCCAGAUGUACUCGCUAACCGUCCGAGAUUUACUCGUUUUCAUGUCACUUCCGUUUCCGGUGUUCUAGCUUUUCUGUUUACUGAACUGUCCAUCAUUUAUCAAGGGAUAAGAAAUUCAAGAAGCAGAACAAUACUAACAAUUUUCUGGUUUCUGUAUGGCGGACUUAUCGUCUACAUUUCCAGAUCUUUUCUGCCGUGGAUGACAUUCUACACCGUUAUUUAUUUCAUCAUAAUAUAUGCGGAAAUGUCCCCAUCUCCAUUGUUUAGAUGAAAACGAUAUAUUUUAUCUAACUUUACACCUUUACACAAGCUUGUACUGUCAACACACCAUUUAUCUGAAUUUAAAUUAACUUUUAUCUGUAGACUUCGGUGUAUUUUCUCUGACAAACUAAAAGAAUAAACUUUCAUUUUUCUAAAACUUA